UGCCUCCAUAUAUAUGAGGACCAUUUCCAUCGCCUCCAUAAGGGAGGUGGCCAUUUUUAUAGCUGUAAAUCUUUGGUGCUUUGAAUUUUUCUUUUUCGAGAAUGGGACGAAAACCUUGUUGUGAUAAAGUUGGAUUAAAGCGAGGUCCAUGGACAAUUGAGGAAGAUCAUAAGCUGAUGAACUUUAUAUUCAACAAUGGUAUUCCUUGUUGGCGACAUGUUCCCAAGCUUGCUGGGCUUUUAAGAUGUGGGAAAAGUUGUAGAUUGAGAUGGAUAAAUUAUUUAAGACCAGAUGUUAAGAGAGGGUGUUUUACAGAAUCAGAAGAAGACGAGAUUAUUCGACUUCAUUCACAACUCGGAAAUAGGUGGUCUAAGAUUGCAUCACAUUUUCCGGGUCGAACCGACAAUGAAAUCAAGAACCACUGGAAUACCCGAAUCAGGAAGAAGCUAAAGCUUCUUGGUUUAGACCCUGUGACACACAAACCUAUUGAAAAUGGUGAGAAAAAUAAACAAGAAGAGACAAAGUCAGAGGAUGUAAGAAAAGAUGAUGAAAUUCAAACAACUUUGGAUGGAACAGAAACAGAUGAUUUAUUGAACAAUUACGAAAUAUUGUGUGGAAGCUUAGAUUCUUCAUUUUCAAAGGAAGAAUCCAACAAUCCAUCAAUGGCUACUCAAGAAGAAGAUUGUUUGAAGCAAUGGGUUGAUUGUGUGGAUUCAUUUUUCUCAUGGGAUAAUUUUACUCAUCUUGAAGAACAAAUUCCAUUUCCACCUUGGCUUUGAAGCUGUACUUUUUACCAGGAAACUGCUGUUUUUUAAAGUUCAAAAUUUCUUUGUGAUUUGAUAACUGUAAAUAUUUCUUUGUAUGGUCAGUUUGUCAUGUAUUUCAUACUCACUCCAAUUUGUAAUA